CUCGCCGUGGUCAGAUCUAGACAUGACUUUUUGAACCGUCUCUCCUUAGGAACUUGGAUGUCCCUGGCGCAGUAGUAGUACUACAACUAGUUGUGUCUUUAUGAGGUACUACUGCACAGUGGUCCCUCUAGCCUGCGGGCUGCAUCUCACCACACUACUACGGUCCUUCGCGCACGCCCGCACCCACACUCGCACACCAUGCGUCCAAUUGCUGCUGUUGCCCUUGAUGCGGACUUGAACCGCUGCUACUUAGCACUCGGUGAUUCGCAUAGGCAUGGGAUAGGGGAAGGGUUCCUUAGCAGUGGCUGCCGAGGGAUCAACGCAGGGAAAGACAGGGCGACACGCAAGCAAUCUUGAUUGAUGCUCAGAUCUCUCAACCCAACCCAGCUACAAAUAGUGCUCCUGCUGCUAUCCAACGUGCUUCGAUUCUUGCACUCCUGGCAGGCAUUCCCGUCAGAUCCCGCUCGAACACCCUUCGCUAUUACUACUGUCGUGACCCACCACCGUUCGUGUCAAAACCUCCGAGACCACUUGUUGGUUUGACGGGCAAGUGACGCGGGCUGGCAGACACCCAAACUGCAACGCCUCCUCCUGGAUCCCCAGAUGUGUCCGGGCGCAGUCUGACGAUCUCGAAGGGAGCAAAAUGAUUGGCGGCGUGCUGCAAUACCAUGCUCAUGUUGGAAAAAGAAAUGGGCCAUGCCAAAGCCAGCGGCCAGCAUUGGCAAACAUAUCGAAUGGGCGACCAGCAAGGACAAGGGGUUGUUCCUGAUAAUUACAUGCAUUCCUCACCUUUCGAGUAACCGAGACACCAUCACCAAGCCUAGCGGAUCUCUGAGCCCCAGAACUAGACUAGGAGGCCCGCAGGUUAUGCCACCUACAGCCAUAUCUCCCGCUCUUCGCCGCUUCGAACCGUUGUACUUCAAAUUGCCUCCUCCUUGUUGGGCUCUGAACAUGUACAAACUUUUGAAACCAACAUCUAAUAUCAGACGUUGCCUGCUUGCCAGGCCCCGUAUGCAAGACGCCGACUGCGUACAUGGUGCUACCGAUUGUCAAGGAUGCAGGUUACCUCUGCCUCCUGAUUGACCUCCCGCGGCCCCGAACAAUGGAUCAAUUGAUCCAAGCUUCACCCGGUUCCACUGCGUUGUUGCGUCUUGCGUCACUCUUUUGGUCUGGUUAGCGCGUCUUUUGGUCCUCUUGUCUCUUUCUCCAGUGCUACCUACAGGCGCCUCCCUGGUAGUGGGAUCUUGAAAGCGCCUGCUAGAAAAGAACGAUCGAGGAAGAAAGCACGUGAAUCGACCGAGGCGUCUAUCUGUGGAUCUAUGUUCCUCCCUGCUCUUCCGCGCUCGCAGGAACUUUUUUCUUCUGUUUAUGCCUCGUGGGCCUUUUUCGACGCGUCCUGGGACAUUCCAAUGCCCAAACAAUCCCGUGACUAGGCCGCUUGCGACAGGACCGCGAUGCCAGGCGAUUGGUCCCGCCACACCAACUGUUCUCUUUAAGCCGAGCAGAAGGACUAGACUAGGAGUCUCGUGCGUUCGAUAGAGAUGCGUCCGUUGCCAGCUCGUGGGCGAGAUCGAGCACAACUUGAAGGGAGCCACAUCCUUGUGGCGCUCACCAUCGUUGCUGGCUGACAUGCAUGAUUUACGGUAACACAAGGCAAGUGGCCUGCACACUCGCGGAGAGGUGCGGCACAUGUUCCAAUGUGCUUCUGGGAGUGGCAAGCGGGCGUCGACAAUCGCAGAAAAGCUUAUCUGACCAGUCUGACAGUCCUGCAUGACCCCAAGAGACUAAGGUAUUGCAUUAACGGCACCGACCUAAUAUUCUCGCAGCACGGUAUUUGCGAUGGGCUGCACUUUUGGGCGUGGUCCACACUGGAACACACCUGCAGCCGCAGUUUGAUAUACUGCAUGGCGCUACGUACAAUGUUGUAGUCCGGGAAGCUACUAGAUAGGGACAACUCUCAGGCCGUAUGUUUCUGUCACGGUCAAGCACAGACGAGUCGUGGGAAAUCGGUUUUGCUGGGCAGUCUACUACUGAGCCAGUGUUGACUAGGCGCGGAGCUAUGCCUGCGUAGGAAAGAACAGAUCGAUGCUACAGAAGACUCGCGCCGAACAAUCCUACUUCUGCCACCGAUCCUGCACCAUACUGGUCAACCGGACCAUCCCCAUGCCGAGAUUUCGAUACGGACCAGACACCACGAAGAGGCCAAGUGUGUUCCGUCUCUUCGAAGUGGCUGCAUCGCUGCUGCGUCUGUCCGACCAUGCGAGUCAAACUGCGGGGAGAAAUUUGUUGGGAUCCGGCCUGCAAACUGCAUUAUUGUACGAGGGCGCUCUGUCGAAGCCUCUCUACCGGAAGUGGCUGCCUCGAGGACACCACGUCCGGAUUCGCCCAGCCUCUCCAUGCUCCAAGCAUGCCGGCCGCUAUGGUCGAGCCCAUGCUCAUGUGCGACGACUGCAGCAUUCGGAAUCCGCUUGAUUCUUCCAUACAAUCGAUCAACGAGGGAGAAAAAGCUGCUGUCGACCCUGGUAAGUGUGUCUGACUGUCGUCAUCGUUUGCUUUCCACUUUCAUUCCGGACCAUCAAGGCCAGCACCGGGCUCCGGGAGCAUCUGCUCUUCGCAGUUACCAGCACCACGCACAAGGGACGUGCUACGGGCUUUUGGGUAGUCUUAUAAGCAUUCGUCUACGUUUUCCAUCAUUUACAAUGGUGGCGGUACUCAAUUUCAGGAAGCCCUUGCCAGCUGCGUGGGCUCGAGUUGUUCGAGGCUACCGCAAUGUCUUACUGCAGUGCAGCAAACGAUGGAUCCUGCUCGCUCGAGGAAACUGCGCUCGAUGUCCACAAGAACUUGACAAGGGUUAUCCCUAACUCCAGAUCUGAGCUUCCUUUCCCCGCACUGGUCUUCAGCCAGCCCGAGUUUUACAAUCCCUGAAGAUCGUUGACCGAUAGGUAUGAUUGUCCCGUCGUUUUGCAGCGCUUGGUUCUUCCGUGACGCGCGAUCCCGCCGUCAUUCGGAGGGCCAAGCAGAACCUGCGUCUGGGGGGACUAUCGGGAUACUGUUUUGCCCUCAGACCCGCUGUGGCCAAGACUCUCCCAGCAUUCGGACCAAAAAGCAUCGAUGCACUAAACUGUGAUGUAUAUCGAUCGCCGAAGGUAAACAGCUGGCCUACUGCAGGGAUCCCCGACAGUCAAAUAUUGACCCUGUCCUGAUGAGGUUGGCACUACUGCUGUAGUCGCAGCACACUAUCCCUACAUCAACGGAAGACGGCAUCGUCCCACACAACGAUUUGCGCUGGUACGCCAUGAUCAGGUGCCAUAAUAUCUGGUGUCCGCUGACGUCGACAUCUGUGCGCCCUUCACUGACUCUGUGAAUGGAUUUGAAGCGAGAAGUCGGAAUCUGCACCCGCUCUGAGAUUCGCGGCUCUUACUAUGGGUUGGCCUUGGGACAUUUCCGCUACCUAAGAGCUGAAACCUGUGUUCUUUGCAGGAUUGACAUGACCCUCAACACCACCAUUGAAGUACCUUUGUCGUCCUUCCACUGGAGAAUCAACUCAAGUGGAGUGGGGCCUCAUAAGGACAAAUAACUACAAUUUUAGUUAUGAUACUGGGGCUUGCCCUGUGGCCUGCGCCCGCAGUUCAAAUAAUAUUCUCCUGGUGAGUGCUAUUGUGGUGGCUUUCGACAACCUCCUGGCAGCCAUCUUGUGACCGCGAGCCAACAAAGCAAGCGUAUUUUACUAUAGGGGCUAACGAUAUGAUGCUUGUUGGCACCAAAGUAUCGAUUUAUUUUGACAGCAGCUCGACUCCGCUGGAGGACGCCCAAGUUUAUACGACGUGAACUGUCACAUCGGCCUCUAAUUGGGCUCUCUCGAAACAUGACCCAUGCCUCACUAGGGCAAUAUGCGAAGUAUCCCAUAUCGAUACAAUAGAGCAUUAGGUAGUAUACUUGAUAUUCGUGGUUUACACACAGACCGGCCUUAAUCCAUAAGUAACGUUUACAAUGAUGCAG